CCGGUCGUUCCCUCGCCCCCCCCCCCCGCCCCUUGUUGCAGAGCUUGGGCUUGGCGGCUCGUUGGGGCUCCGGGGGGGGGGGGCGGCGGUCUGUCGCCGGGCCCCCUCCUCCUCCUCACUCCUCGCCCUCCAGGGUAGCAGCUACCGGAGCGCUGCAGGGGGCUGCGCCUGCCUGCUCCGCCCGGGACCUGUCGGCGAAAGGUAGUUUAUGCCAGCGUGGCUUCAUUCAUACAGAUGAACCAAGGAUUGGGAUAGCAGUAUAAAAUUAGAAUCAGACAGCUGACUGCUCAGCAGGAUGCCAUCAACUAACAGAGCAGGCAGCCUGAAGGACCCUGAAAUUGCAGAGCUCUUCUUCAAAGAAGAUCCAGAGAAGCUCUUCACAGAUCUCAGAGAAAUUGGCCAUGGAAGCUUUGGAGCAGUGUAUUUUGCACGAGAUGUGCGUACCAAUGAAGUGGUGGCCAUCAAGAAAAUGUCUUACAGUGGAAAGCAGUCUACUGAGAAAUGGCAGGAUAUUAUUAAGGAAGUCAAGUUUCUACAAAGGAUAAAACAUCCCAACAGUAUAGAAUACAAAGGCUGUUAUUUACGUGAACACACAGCAUGGCUUGUAAUGGAAUAUUGUUUAGGAUCUGCUUCAGAUUUACUAGAAGUUCACAAAAAGCCAUUACAAGAAGUGGAAAUAGCAGCAAUUACACAUGGUGCUCUCCAGGGAUUAGCCUACUUACAUUCUCAUACCAUGAUCCAUAGAGAUAUCAAAGCAGGAAAUAUCCUUCUGACAGAACCAGGCCAGGUGAAACUUGCUGACUUUGGAUCUGCUUCCAUGGCAUCACCUGCCAAUUCCUUUGUGGGAACACCAUAUUGCUUUGUGAAUAUAGUACUUAAGUACCCCGGCACAUAUUUUAACAGGAAUGUUUCUUUUACAGCGGAAAGGAAGCCUCCUUUAUUUAAUAUGAAUGCAAUGAGUGCCUUAUAUCACAUAGCCCAAAAUGAAUCCCCUACACUACAGUCUAAUGAAUGGUCUGAUUAUUUUCGAAACUUUGUAGAUUCUUGCCUCCAGAAAAUCCCUCAAGAUCGUCCUACAUCAGAGGAACUUUUAAAGCACAUGUUUGUUCUUCGGGAGCGCCCUGAAACCGUGUUAAUAGAUCUCAUUCAGAGGACAAAGGAUGCAGUAAGAGAGCUGGACAAUCUGCAAUAUCGAAAGAUGAAAAAACUGCUUUUCCAGGAGGCACAUAAUGGACCAGCAGUAGAAGCACAGGAAGAAGAAGAGGAACAAGAUCAUGGUGUUGGCCGGACAGGAACAGUGAAUAGUGUUGGAAGUAAUCAGUCUAUUCCCAGUAUGUCCAUCAGUGCCAGCAGCCAAAGCAGUAGUGUUAACAGUCUUCCAGAUGUCUCAGAUGACAAGAGUGAGCUAGACAUGAUGGAGGGAGACCACACAGUCAUGUCUAACAGUUCUGUUAUCCACUUAAAACCUGAGGAAGAAAAUUACAGAGAAGAAGGAGAUCCUAGAACAAGAACAUCAGAUCCACAGUCUCCACCCCAAGUAUCUCGUCACAAAUCGCACUAUCGUAAUCGAGAACACUUUGCUACUAUACGGACAGCAUCACUGGUAACAAGGCAAAUGCAAGAACAUGAGCAGGACUCUGAGCUUAGAGAACAAAUGUCUGGCUAUAAGCGAAUGAGGCGACAACAUCAAAAACAACUGAUGACUCUGGAAAAUAAGCUAAAGGCUGAGAUGGAUGAACAUCGCCUCAGAUUAGACAAAGAUCUUGAAACUCAGCGUAACAAUUUUGCUGCAGAAAUGGAGAAACUUAUCAAGAAACACCAGGCAGCUAUGGAGAAAGAGGCUAAAGUGAUGUCCAAUGAAGAGAAAAAAUUUCAGCAACAUAUUCAGGCCCAACAGAAGAAGGAACUGAAUAGUUUUCUAGAGUCCCAGAAAAGAGAGUAUAAACUUCGAAAAGAGCAGCUUAAAGAGGAGCUAAAUGAAAACCAGAGUACCCCCAAAAAAGAAAAACAAGAGUGGCUUUCAAAGCAGAAGGAGAAUAUACAGCAUUUCCAAGCAGAGGAAGAAGCUAACCUUCUUCGACGUCAGAGACAAUACCUAGAGCUGGAAUGCCGUCGCUUCAAGAGAAGAAUGUUGCUUGGGCGUCAUAACUUAGAGCAGGACCUUGUCAGGGAGGAGUUAAACAAAAGACAGACUCAAAAGGACUUAGAGCAUGCCAUGCUACUUCGACAGCAUGAAUCCAUGCAAGAACUGGAGUUCCGCCACCUCAACACAAUUCAGAAGAUGCGCUGUGAGUUGAUCAGAUUGCAGCAUCAAACUGAGCUCACUAACCAGCUAGAAUAUAAUAAGCGAAGAGAACGAGAACUAAGACGAAAGCAUGUCAUGGAAGUUCGACAACAGCCUAAGAGUUUGAAGUCUAAAGAACUCCAAAUAAAAAAGCAGUUUCAGGAUACCUGCAAAAUCCAAACCAGACAGUACAAAGCAUUAAGAAAUCACCUGCUAGAGACUACACCAAAGAGUGAGCACAAAGCUGUUCUGAAACGGCUCAAGGAGGAGCAGACCCGGAAAUUAGCUAUCUUGGCUGAGCAAUAUGAUCACAGCAUUAACGAAAUGCUCUCCACACAAGCUGUGAGUUUGCUUUUUUUGGACAAAGCAGAUUUAGUGCCCCUUUUCUUCCACCUGAAUGAAAUCACAGCAAUUAAAGUACUAGUUGGAAAUGAUAGCUCUCCUGCAGCUCGGGAAAUAUGGUGGUGGUUCAUUUUCUUCCUGUUCUCAACAUUGCUUGAAAAUGUCAUGAUGCAUGUAGAAUUCUCAUUGAUACAUUUAGACAUGAGUUUGUCCAACCUUCAACAGAUUGAAGAAGAGAUGUUGGCUUUGCAAAAUGAGCGCACAGAACGAAUACGAAGCCUGUUGGAACGUCAAGCCAGAGAAAUUGAAGCUUUUGACUCUGAAAGCAUGAGACUAGGUUUUAGUAAUAUGGUCCUUUCUAAUCUCUCCCCUGAGGCAUUCAGCCACAGCUACCCGGGAGCUUCUGGUUGGUCACAUAACCCUACUGGGGGUCCAGGACCUCACUGGGGUCAUCCCAUUGGUGGCCCACCACAAGCUUGGGGCCAUCCAAUGCAAGGUGGACCCCAGCCAUGGGGUCACCCCUCAGGGCCAAUGCAAGGGGUACCUCGAGGUAGCAGUAUGGGAGUCCGCAAUAGCCCCCAGGCUCUGAGGCGGACAGCUUCUGGGGGACGGACGGAGCAGGGCAUGAGCAGAAGCACGAGUGUCACUUCACAAAUAUCCAAUGGGUCACACAUGUCUUAUACAUAACUUAAUAAUUGAGAGUGGCAAUUCCGCUGGAGCUGUCUGCCAAAAGAAACUGCCUACAGACAUCGUCACAGCAGCCUCCUCACUUGGGUACUACAGUGUGGAAGCUGAGUACAUAUGGUAUAUUUUAUUCAUUUUUGUAAAGCGUUCUGUUUUGUGUUUACUAAUUGGGAUGUCAUAGUACUUGGCUGCCGGGUUUGUUUUUUUAACUUUUGGGGAAAUUUUGAAAAGUGGAAUUGAUAUUAAAAUAAAUGUGUGUAUGUAUGUGUGUGUAUAUAUACAUAUAUAUAUACACACACACACAUACAUAUAUAUUAUGCAUGUGGUGAGAAGAAUUGGCUAGAUAGGGGAUAUUUUCUGAACACUGCAAAAAUAAAACACAGCAAAGUGGCUUCAGUCAUCACUUUUGGGUGUUUGUACCCUAAGAAGUUUCUGAAAAGAUCUAAAGCCUUCCUCCAUAUCCCAGAUUCUUAUGAGCCACUCACAGCAGGCAGCAUAUGUUGAAAUAAGUUAUUACUGGUACAUACCUGCAUCCCCUCACCAAUGUAUUUGUUAUUAAAUUGAUCUGACUUCUCAGCCUCAUUUGGACUAAAAAAAGCAGAAAUCCAUAAACACUAAAGGACUGCAUUGACUUUUUCAGAGUAGAAAACAAAUUAGUUUUUUUUUUUUUCCUGAAUGCGUCAUAGGCUUGUGAGUGAUUUUUGUCCAUUUAGUUGUGCCUUCUUUGUAUUUCAGUGAGAUGGGGGUACUUAAGGAGAUGACAAGUUAUGUGGGGAUUACAUUAACAAACCUGUGAGCCUUCAAUGGGGAAGACAGAAGGGUGAAGGGGCCCUAAAAUUUCAUAUGGUGGGUAUGUCCCGCAGCAGAGUGAGGAGAUGAAGCUUACACGUCCUGACGUUUUGUUGCUUAUACUGUGAUAUCUCAUCCUAGCUAAGCUCUCUACUGCCCAAGACCCCAAACAGUACUUUUGUUUGUACAAAAACAAAGACAUACAGCCAAUACAAAUCAAAUGCCAGAGGUAUUUGAAUGAUGCCAUAUUUGCAAAUUGCCAUCUAUUGAAAUUCUUAUCACACUACAUAAACAUGAUUAUUGUCUCCUUUUGGCUUAUGGGAUUUUCUGUUUACAAGUAGAAUAGCCAAUUAUUUAAAUGUUUAGUUGCCACAGUGAACCAAGAGUCACUGAGCCAGUGACUUUACCAGCUGCUGACUGAUCCUCAUCACCACUGUAGAUUUUGCUGCAUGUGCAGGUCCUCUGUUUUUAAUUGCUGUUUUCGUUGCUGCAGUACUUAACAAACUUCUAGUUCAUUGAGACUUAGUGACCAUUUGGCAUCAUGUUAACACCACACAAUAGGAAACACCACUUUAACAAGUCUCAAGCCCAGUGCUAAAGUACUACUGAAAAGGAACUAGGAAGUUUGGCCAAUUAAAAAAAAAGGUAAAAGUAAGUUAUAGUGGUCAGGGAAUCUCUUGACAAAAGCUAACACUUUUUUUCAGGGGGCACGUUUUGUUUCGUUAUGUUUUGUUGUACAAUGAAGGAUGAACCCAAUGCUAAAAAGUCAGUUGUUUUCUUGGUUUUCCAUUUCUUGUAUAGAAAUUGAGUUGGAGGUGGGUAGGAAGCUGUAUGACUUGAAGAAAAAUAUCCUUUUCAGUGACAAAUCAAGAGUUUCUUAUGAGUUACUGUCCUGCUCCCUUCCAAGUUGUCUUGAAGAAUCCUUGCUGCUAACUCUGGAUCCUGCUUUUCCUAUAGUCAGGGGCUCCAAGGUAGAACUCUAAGUCCCUCUCAAUGACACUGUUUGCCUAGACCAAACUAAUGACCAAUUAGUAAUUAGGCUAUCGCUGUUGAAGUCCUGGUUUGCUCAACCAAAUUUUAAGUCUUCCCCAGGUAUGUCAGUCGAAUCACCAUGAAUCCUCACUUGUAGGAGUUUCUGAGGAUUCAUUUUAGGGAAACUGGAAGAAAACUAAUGUUUUAAUGUAAAUGUUUUUAAAACCAAGAUCACCAUAGAGUUCACACAAAAUUUUAGGCAGUGUUUGAAGAAGCACUCUGAUGUGCUGUCCUUUCAGCCAUGCUCCAUGUCACCAGUGUUUAGGUAAACAUGACACGUACUUGUCAUAUUAACGAAAGGGGCUUUUAGUCGUCUCAGUAUCUUUUUUGCGUUCAGGUAUUGUAGUGUUUUCAACAAAUUGAGAAAUCUACCUAUUUGGUGUAAAAUAAGAGAGAGCUUUAGAAUUUAGUACAAUGUCAAAAAUAUAAUGGAAUUUGAUACCCUUAAAAAUUAUUCAUAGAUCUGGCUCCUCUGUCCUACUGGAUGGAAUAGGGAAGCAGAUCAGUUUUGCAUACAAAACGCUUUUCAAACCCACAGUGCUACUGAUGGUACAUUUUAAAGUCCAGUUGUGGACUUAAAUAAGUCAAAUUGGGUUACUGACUCCAUUCAGAUCACAAGUACUUACAAAAAGCCUGAUUUAAUACUGAAUCCAAAUGUUUAUCAGGUAGGGUUUUGCAUCUCACUUAAUUGGCCACCAGUUUUACAUGUAGGUGAUGACUAUACCUGGAUUUCACUAUGAAGUUAAUUAAAGUAUAUAUAGUUUGCAAAAAUGAUUCAAAUUAAUUGGUUUAUGUUUGUGAGAUCUAGCUUCUGGGGAAUCUCAUAUGUAGUAGGAACCAUCACAGAGUAAAUCUUAUAGCAGAAAAAUUGGAAAGGUUUUGAGAUACCCUAGAGAAAGAGCAAGCACUUUCUGAAUCUCUGCAAAUAUCAAUAUUUGAUCAAAUUAACACUACCUCCUUCCCAGUGUUGGUGUUCACUCACUAUAUGUGUUUAAAAAAAAGUAUGGAAAAUUUGUCUAGCAUAUCAGAAGUUGUAAAUGCUAUAUCUGGUAUCCAGAGGCUGGCUAUAAAAAGUUCCUUGGGGUCACUCUCCCAUUUUUUCGGUUAGCAUUUUAAAAAUGCAAAGCUGCAUACUUUGAAAUAUAUUAUUCCAAAUUGAGCUCCCUUCCCUUUGCACAUAUUUUUCCUCCCCUAAUUGAAGUCAGCUCUAACCCCAAAUUCUAGUAUCCAGAAGUAUUUUUAUUUGUAUAAUGUUAUCUAAAAAAUGUGUUUAUAUUUUCAGAGCUGCAAUUCUUAAUGGCCAUUUCAAUACCUAGAGAUAAAGAAUCCUGCAUUUGAAGCCACACAUACACUAUUGUAAUAUACUUAGUACUCCAGGUCAAGGAUUUAUUGGUAAAUGGAACUUUUUAGCAUAGUCAUUAUGAUUUUUGGUUGCCUAGACAUCAGGUAAACAUUCAGUACACUAAAGAAACUAUCCUGAACACUCCCUCCUACUUCCACCAAUUUUUUUCUCACCCCCUUUUCAAAAAUUGAAAACUCUAUGAGUGUCUUCUUCAGACCAUAAAACAGACUUUAGUAACUAUUUCUGUAAGUACUAAAUGUCUGGUAUUUUAAACUUUUAUAGAAUACAUUGUGUUGGACACUGGAAUAAUACUAUUUAUUUUCACCUGUGAAAAAUGACUUCAUUGUACUUGAAACACCUCCUUUGCAUUUCUCCAUUUGUGCCAUUCACUAGUGGAAAUAAAUUGUAUUAUACCAUGAUCUACUGGCUUUUUAAAACUGUGUUAAAUAUGCACAUUUUUGGUAUAGCUAUUAUCAUUUGUAUGUAUAUAUUGUAUAUACAUAUGAGUGUCUUUAUGUGUGUAUAGAUAGAUGGAUGGAUGUAACUCAUACUGUACAUUUCCAUCAGGGCACUUAAAAGUUGUUAUUUUUGUUUGGUUUUGUUAUUUCAGUCCUCAGUUAAGGCAAGAAUGCAUGUGUUUCUUAAGAAUGAGUUCUCUGCGUUGAUAUUUGUGAGAAGGUGGUCAUUAGAUGCAAUUUUUUCCUUUUUAAUCCCCUCUUAGCACUUGUGUGAAUGGAGAGGAUGUUAUGUGAAAUUUGGAAUCAUAAGUUGCAAUGCAGUAAAAUGGUGCUGGGGAAGGAGCCAGAGAGUGUUUCUGUGAGUUUGUGUUGUGAUCCAAUAAAAGAUAAGUAAUGCAGAGAGAAAUGAACCAUGGAAAGUAAGAACACUGGUGGUGAUUCCUCUGCAAAGAUGAUUAAAAAAAAAAACAAUAAAUCACACAAUUUUUAUGUGCUUUCUGUAUGUAUUUCUUAGUAGUGAUACCAUUGAUCCUCUUAUUUUUACUCCAUUAAUACUAAUAAUUACAAUUUUGCUGAGGAUCAAAACAGCCAAGAAAGGAAUUACUGCUAAAGCAUCUAAGAUUCUCCUAAACUGUAAAAUCAAUAGGAAAUGGCCACUGGGAGAGAAGGAUUUGAUAUUGGGUGAGGGGCUUUCUCCCUUUACCUGCCUCUUCUUGCUUGCUAAUAAUUUCUUUGUGCACCUUCCACCACUUCUGAGCCACUACUGUUCAAGUAUAGUUUUGGCCAACACAUUAACUCUUUCCUUGGAGAUUUAUAUGGUCCUGCAUUUUGUCGUGUGCUCACAAUGUGAAGUGUCUUGUUGUGUAUUCAAGUCAAAAAAUAAUAUAUUUAAGGUAUGUAAGUCUGAAUUUCCUAUAAGGAUGGAAGAAGAGGUUCUCAUAUCUUAGAAAAGAGCCAUCUCUAGGAGCAAUGUCAAAACUUGGGCUGGCAUCUUUGAGCUUUUUACCAAAAUACAGACCAUUUUUAAAGAAAAGAAAUUCUCUAUUUUGUUUUCCCCCAUCUAACAUGAUAAAGCCCCCAACCAGAUUGUAGCACUGCCUUUUAAAAGAGAUUCACUCACUCUUAGUUUUUAAGAACUGGAAAUUUCCCAUCCUCAGAUUCCUUAAAGGAUGAAGAGUUGGCUGUACACCUGAGCAGAUUUGCCUCUUGUAUGCAAGGACUACUGAUUGAAGUCUGUUUUGCUGUGUCUGGUUAUGUUAUCUGCACUUUUAUGAAAUCACUACAAUAAGUCUACAUUGGAAGUUACUAUUAAUUUGUAAAGAAGUAAGUUUUAUUAAACAGUCUAGAAAAAGAAAGUGAAGCUGAGAACUCUUCCUUUAUUUGCAUUUAUAUUUUCUGCUGAAUUCUGGUAGUCCCCUUUAAGGUCAUGUUGACUAAUGGUUUCCUCGUUUGUAUUCAGAUUUCCAAAAUUUCACUCGUACAAGGGAAGAGACCCCAUUUGGCUUAAUGGUAAUCUUUAGAUCAUAAGAAAUAUAAAAAUUAGUAUACACCUUAUCUGCCUGUUGUGGGUUUCUUAAACUUGCACCUCCUACCCACCCAAAGAUAAAUAUCCUUUAAAGAAAAUAAAGGCAGAGAAUUAAAACUGGGGAGCCAUUUACUAUGUCACCAUCACUGUUAACUGUUUCCCAGCAAUCUAAACUUUUUGAAGUUUCAGAGUUGGUUUUUUUUGUAUAUAUGUCUGUGUGAUUGUUUUGUUUUGAAAUAUACAAGGAAUUCUUCUUUAAAUAGAGAAAAAGGUUAAUCCUCACUGAAACACCAGGAUGCCCACUGGAUAUACUAAUCUGAACAUCUGUAGGUAGUUUGUUAUGAAAAAGUGGAUGAGACUUCUGAAUGAAUGAAAAAGGGUAUCUUGAUGCCCAGAAUUUUCCCCAAAGUACGGGUAAUUCAACCUGCACAGUUUUCUUUCACUCAUAGCGUUUAGCAGUUGUGAGUGAAAAAUCAUGUAAUUAUCUGUAAAUAUGUAGCUAACAAAUUGACCUAGUUUCUGUAUUUUUUUUGUUUUUGUACUAAAGUUUAUAGGUCUGUGCCAGCUAGAGAGAAGUUGCUGUCAUUACCAGUUGUGGUCCUAGCAUCUAACCCUGAAACCAUCCUAGGUGACAUUUUUAGAAUUAAUAUUUAAAUGUUGUUAAACAGGGGGAAAUGAAGCUUAAUCAUUGGUCAGGUUUGGAAUCUUUUGCAGUGAAAUAACUUUAUUUAAUAUAAAUGAUCACAUGUCCUCAAUCAUGAAUGAGGUAGGGAGCCUCUCUCCCCCAGUGGCCAUGUUUACAAAAGUGUGUUUUGUCUAUAAAGUGCAAGUGUUUUAAUGUUUAUGUAAAUUAUGCAGGUGAUAACAUUAUGGUUUGGAACUGUUUAUUGGGCUCUUUAACUGAAUUUGCAAAUGAAAUGAACUAUGCUUAUUGCUGGCACAUUGAUCCCAUUUCUGGAACAUUUUUCCUAUUUCCAGAGUUACAUAUGUUCUUUUGUCAUUACCCAACUUAACCUCCUUUUCUCUGAUAUGCCUUGUAGCCAAAGUAUUAAAGGCUGGUGAACAUAGACGAGGGAAAUGCAUUUCUUAGAAAUCCAUGAGCCUUCGAUUGUAUGCUUUCAGUACUCGCGUUAAUAUGUUUCUGUGGCAACUCUGAGGUCAGUGGUUUAGAAAUGAGAUACCAGUGUUAAUGACAAGUGUGUACUCUUUGCUUUUGCAUGGCUUGGCUUAAUAUCCAGGGUAUAUUAGGGCCACUUGAAAGCAUGAAGACCAGUUAUAUAGAGAGAACAGGUUUCAGUGGCACAUUUUGCUUUUUCUGAGCCCCAAAUACAUUGUCUGGGCAUGAACAUUGUUACCAUAAAUUGCACAUGGUCAUGGAGUGAAUUAUAUGACUUUAAAGGAUGUAACUGCCCAACAUUUGCAGAUUCUGGGUGGUCUGUGUGACCAUUUGGCACGUAUCCGAAAACCCAGGGGCUAUUGGAACCCUCCUAAUCCCUUUCCUUUGUCAUAGACAAGUAUAUUUAUAAUUUAUCGAGAUGUUUGUUGGCUGUCCUGCUGUAUUGCCACACAGCUCUCUUUUGGUUCCCAUUCCAAAUGUGCUACUGUCCUUCUUUGCGUUUCAUAAUAUCAAAGAAACCACCACCCUUCCUAACAGCAUUUUAUGCCUUUUAUUCCACAUUAAAUGGGAAUGGUGCCUACUUAGGAGUGCUCCUCUAAUUAAUUACAUGUGUCCAAGAAUAAUCCAAGCCAGAGACACAAGGUGGGAAAACAUUUCAAAAAAAAAAAAAAAAAG